AUGGCUCACUGCCACUUGCUAGGUUUGGGCGAAUUGGCGAAAGAGCUCAUUUGCUGCCUCCCAGUCGAUGAUGUGUUCCGCCUCUCGCUGGCCUCAGCUGCCUGCGGCGGCCUCUGCCGCCUGGCCUUGCGCACGCUGCGGCUCCAGGCCUUUGGCGCGGGCGCCGCCGAGGCGCUUUUGCGCCUGGUGGACUUGCAGAUCACCGACCGAGGAGCCAGCAUUCGGGAGAUUGAUGCAUCCUUCUGCCGAUCCAUCACAAACGAGACUCUCAAGGCGCUGCCCGUGCUCCCAACGCUGGAAGCGCUUAACCUGGAUGGAUGCCAGGAUGUAGAUGAUGAGGGGCUCAUCGCGGUGGCCCAGCGCUGCCGCUCCCUGCGGCGCUUUAGCAUCUACUGGAAUGUCAAGGCCACGGACGAGGGCAUCGGAAAGGUGCUCCGAGCACAGCCCUGCGGCAACUUGCAGGAGCUUUGCUUCAGUGGCUGCAAACUUCUCACUGACGCUACGGUGCAGCGUGUAGUCGGGCGAGCGCCGAGCCUGCAGCAAUUGGAUCUAACGCGCUGCCCGCAAGUAACAGACAUGGGCAUCACCCUGGUCUGUGAGACUUUGCCAGAGUUGCGCGUCCUGCGCCUCUAUGCCAUGUCGCAGCUCAGUGCGGAGUCAUUCUUGAGUCUACAGAAGCUUCCGCUGCUGGAAGAACUGGACCUUUGUGGCUGCCGCGCUGAAGAUGCAGCUGUAGAGGCUUUUCUUGCUGCAGCAGAGCCAGGAGCCCUCAAAGUCCUCAACCUGACGUGGUGCCCGGCUCUGACGGAUGCAUCCAUGCUGGCAGUGGCGAAGCACUGCACCCGCCUGACCUGGCUAAGCUUUUUUGGCAACCUGAACAUUACGGCCGCGGCAGUCGAGGCCUUGGCGGCCGGGCCGUGUGGUACUACGCUGAGGGCCCUGGACCUGCGAGGCUUGGCACAGGCCUGGGGGGGGGGUGCGUUCAGAACCCUGCAUGACGCAGUGCCCGCGGUGUGGGAUGCGCACCGUGCGUUCGUGUGGAGUCACUCAGAAAAGUGGUUCUCCUGUGUGAGUAGGUGA